UAUUGAUCAUGAAUAAUUACAGACACAUUGAUGGAGAUAGUGGAUUGAUGACUUCAUAAUUUCAUCUUGGAGAUUCACCUAAGGCCAUUAUCGAUUAUAGUCAAAGCGAAAGGAUCGAAACUCUAGUUUAGAAAGGGAUCAUGAAAUCAGAAAUUAAAAAAAGUAGAACAGGUGAAUCUUAGAGUCUGAUAGAUCAUUCGAAUAUGCAAUUAAAUGGCCAUCUGUUACCACAAAUAACUUUAACAUGCCAAUCCCCAGCAGUUUUUGAUUAAAUAGCACUUGAACUUAAAUAAUAGUAAUUGAUAUUUUACUAAUUUAAUCAAGUAACUACACUUGUAUCAUGCGAGAAGCGAAUCAAAUGAUGUUUCUUCAAACUAAGUGUGACUCAUUUUGCCAAAAGAUUAUAAAAAACGUCUGUACCCAAACCUACAUAGCAAGUUAGAGCAACAAUAGCCUAAUUUUAGUAAAGUAUUCUAAAUAGAAGCUGAAAAUAGAUGCCUUGUCAGGGGUAUAUGCUUAUUAAUAAAUUAGAAUUACAAAUAAAAUGAAGAUGUAUUGUUAUCUGUUUGCACUGUGGUUAAACGGUAUAAUCAAAUGCAUAAGGAUUUUGAACCUGUAGAUGAUAUGAGCCAUAUCAAUCCUUUUGCUAUCACAGCUAUUUCGAUGAAUAGAAUAUAUGUUUACUUGGAUGACAAUCAAGAGUUUAAAUCAAGAUUGGAUUCCCUUCUGUAGAACAUUGAUUCAAUAGCCAAACCAAAAAAAUAAUAAUUGUAGAAAUACUUGCAAGAAAGUUCGUAAUUGGUUCUUGAUACAUUUUAGUAGUUUAAAUAAAAAACGCUGAAAUAUGAUUAACAAUAUUAUUUAAUGGCUAUAGAGAAGGUGGUGUUUGAAUCAGUUUAUGAUAAGCUAUUUCCUUUUUAUGUUGAUUUCAAUGAAAAGAAUGAGAAUCAAUUUAACAUCAAAAAGUAUUGAUAAAUGAAAUUAGAGAUAACAAAUAAUUGCCAAGUUUAGUGAACAUGACGCAAUGGAAUUCUUGGAAAUAAAAAAUAAAUAUAGAUUAAAUCAAUAAUAUUGGAACGGAAUAGCUGAAUUAAACAAGGUGGACAGAUCUACAAAUCCUAGGGAUAAACUUAGAUCAAUCUAACAAAUGUUGUGUCUAAUAAAAUGUAUAUAUAUAUGUAAAUUUAAUAUGGUUAGCAAUCAUAUAUGAAAACAGCAAUUGUGAAUUAUCAACGAUGGACGAUGAAUUACCAGUCAUGAUCUACAUAAUCUUAUAUAGUGAAUUUUAGAAUAAAUUCGCAUCUAUUCAUUAUGUGGAUGACUUCUGUAAUACCGAUCCCACAAUAGAAACUGAGAAAAGAACAGUAACAACUCUCAGAGUGUCUUUGGAGUAUAUUGCUAAUGAAUGGAAUAUUUGA